AUGAGAGUUCUUGAACUUGAGAACGAGAGCCAUCUUAGGGAUGAAAUCAUUUCAUUGCUCCACGCCGAUCACAGUACCACGAAAGCGGUUUAUUCGGCAAAGAUUCAGGAAUUCAAUGAAUUCAUGGAAUCAGCCAAGCAUAAGAUCGAUUCUGUUGAAAGAGUGAAGACGGAUCUCCUCAGUGAAUUUCGUUCUUUGUCGCCGAAGCUAUCAUCCCGCCUGGAGGAAGUGUCUACGCGCAUGAAGCAACAAUUGCUUCUGGAGAAAACGUUGAGAAUACGCAAGGAGGAAGAAGUAACAAGACUGAGCCUCAUCCAAAAAGAAUCCGACACAGCACGUGCUAAAUUACAAUCGGACAUAGCACAAUGCAAACGCGAGUGUAGUAAGAACGAAGAAAGGGUGAAGGAGUUGCAGCAAGAGCUCUUCAACCAGAAGCUUGAGGCUGCGAAAUUCACAAGGGUCAAGGAGGACUUCGAUAGCUCUCAACAUGCUACAACGGCAUUGAAAAGCGAAAUUGAGAGUCUGCGAAGCAACUUGCGAACACUUGAGCUAGAUCUGUAUGAGGCUAAGAGAGAAUCAAGAGCAGCAGCACAAGCAAGAGACGAGGCUAUGGAGAAAGUCUCGUCCCUGAGCAGAUCACUCGAGCAUUCAGAAAAGAUGCUCUCACAUCUCGGAAGCGACCGAGUGCCGGGCUCGCUUGAAAGGGAACACACUAAAGAAACGCAAAAACUCAAACGCCUCUUGGAAGACAGUCAGCGGAAGUGCUCGCUCCAAGAGGAGGAAAUGAGACAAUUGACAGCUGAACUCAGCUCACUGAAGCGGAGCUCGACUCCUGUCUGCACCAACUGCGAGAAAUUGAGGUUCGGAACGGCCAAAGAGCCCAGCCAAGAGGUUUCUCAGCUAAUCCAGACGCUGAAAGAGCAGCUCCAUCAAGAGCUUUACACCCGCGGGGAGAUGGAGGCCUCUCUGCGAUCUUUACAUGACGCAAACAGCUCUAUGUUGAGUUUGGUGUCGAAAGCUUAUCAAUGUUGGCAAAGAAAGGAGAUGGACAAGCUCGCCCUCGUGCUGCAGUCAAUCCUUGAGAAUGGCAAACCUCGUUAG